UUGGGCGUAGGCCUUCGGGUCGCCGCCGCCCUCCAGGCGUGGCGCCGGCUCGGACUCCGAGCGGCAGAGAGCCUCAUGCACAGCAGCCUCCGGACGCGGCCGCGCAGGACCGAAAGAGAACACCGUUCUUCCUGGCACGUGAGGAAGCAGAGUUUCUGUCUGUGUGGGAUGGUCCCUUCCGCAGCGGCACCGGGGAGCGGGGAAGGGUGUAGACCGCAGCACUGAGAGCAGCGUGCCAUCUGUCUGCAGGUGGUCAGGAUGGGCCCCAUGGGCAAACAGGGCCCGUCCUCCCUGCCGGUCCCCACGGGAGGCUCUUGCCUCCUGCUUCUCUUCUGCCUGCGGUUGGGCGCCUCUUGCCCGCAGAGCUGCCAGUGCCCUGACCAUGCCGGGGCCGUGGCCGUCCAUUGCAGCGGGAGGGGCCUGCAGGAGAUCCCCAAGGACAUCCCCACUGACGCUGUGCUCCUGAAGCUUGAUGCCAACAAGAUCGCCCGCAUCCCCAACGGAGCCUUCCAGCACCUGAACCAGCUGAGAGAGCUGGACUUGUCUCAGAACGCCAUCGAGACCAUCGGCCCCGCCGCCUUCUUGGGCCUGGCCGGGGGCCUGCGGCUGCUGGACCUGUCUCACAAUCACAUCCGCAGGAUUCCUAAGGACGCGCUGGGCAAGCUCAGCGCCAAGAUACGCCUGUCCCACAACCCCCUGCACUGCGAGUGCGCCCUGCAGGAGGCCCUGUGGGAGCUGAAGCUGGACCCUGACUCGGUGGACGAGAUCGCCUGCCACACCUCGGUGCGGGAGGAAUACGUGGGGAAGCCGCUGGUCCAGGCUCUCGACUCUGGCGCCAGCUUCUGCCGCGUCCGCCACAGGACCACCGACGUGGCCAUGCUGCUCACCAUGUUCGGCUGGUUCGCCAUGGUGAUCACCUACGUCGUGUACUACGUGCGCCAGAACCAGGAGGACGCCAGGAGGCACCUGGAGUACCUGAAGUCCCUGCCCAGCACUCCUGUGUCCAAGGACCCCAUCAGCCCUGCGCCCUAGUGCCCAAUGGCUCGAGCAGGCCGAGGCCCACCUGUCUCCCGUCACUCUUGUAGUAGAUGGUGACUGAGUCCCACCUUCGAUGUUCCCCCAGGGAGGGUGACACGGCUACUUCUGUCCAAUGUUUCACUCUGACAGAGCACUUCCCACAGGACACCUUCAGGUCAGGCAAUUCUACCAUCAGACCCAAUGACAGAUGGGGACACGGCUCAGAGAAAUGGAAGGUCGCGGACAGGAAGAGAUCCAGCUGGGAUGUAAAACCAGGCCGUCCAUCCUGAGACGUCCCUUCCGCACUGGGAGCCUGCCCCACGGGGCGCCCGCCUCUGAGCCCCCAGCAUUCAGAGAAGAAAGGGUGCGUGCCCAUGAGUGAGGCUCCCCGAGGAGGUUGGGUGCAUUUUGUUGGUUGUAGGCACAGGUCAUCCUGCCCCGUGGAACUGGCUUGCCUUUGCUUCCCCAGUAUUUCCUGAACACCUCUAACCACCGGGCUCUUUCCACAGCCAAGUGGUAGAGACCGGAUUUUUCUCGGGAGAUAAGUGGAACAUGUAACCUUUGAACAACUCUGUCAACUUUGUUUAUUCUCAGAAUGUUUGUUAAGAGUAACACUUGUACCAAAAUUUCAGUCCAGUGAGAAGGGAAAAAAAAAAAAUAACAACCCAAAACCAAAAAUAUUAAACCAUGGAGAGAAACCUGAGGAAGGUCCAUAGUAGCUCCUCAGGGGGCCAUGUUAGCAGCCAGAGAAGUGUGGCCGUUCCCCGAUUCCUGCUCCUGCGGCUGUGGCCCGCCCCAGGGAGCCUGUCAUCUUGGGUCGCUCCAUGCCUUGCUUUUCUACUCACUAAGCAGCUCCUUUGCAAUGGAUGGGAGGACCGACCUCUGUUUCAGGGCUGUUCAACAGGUUGCUUCGUUUCCUCCAGCGACAGGGACUCUCUCUCCCUUUCAGCUUUGCUGACAGGACUCUCAGUGCUACUUUACUGCUCAGUUUUCUUACCUAAUUCAUGUUCAGGGUAGACUUUACCUCCACCUGUGUAACCCUGAUCUGUCUUUGCAGUUUUAUUUUUCAUGGUCUUUUUGUAUGAGUGUUUAUAUUUUAAACUACUUCAAAUAUUUUGGGGGGAAGCAAGUUAGGGGUACAUUGCUCAUGGAUCUAAGGUGUAAAGGACAGAUGCCUAGAAAGGGUAAAAGUCGAGGGAGGUUUGUACUCGGAAAGUGUCAUGGGACUGGCAGUGGGACGCGUUGAUGCCGCGCGUCAUGAUUUUUCAGUUGUGCGUUAAAAAACAACCAACAGAUGCAGCUACCCUCCCACACCCCAGCGCCGUGCCUGCGGUCACCGGGGGCACAGCACGCACAGUGUGAACCGGGGGCUCUGUGCUCUGAGUGUGGGGUGGGCCCUUUUCUGCCCACCGCCCAGACCAGGGUGCAGGAGUGGGGGGCAGGGCUCAGAUGAGGCUGCGAAUGGUGCCGGGGUCCUCAGGAAACCAACGGCCCACCCACCCUUCCAGUGGGAGCUAAAAAAGCCAGGCAGGCAGCCUGGGUGCCGGUCCACCCAUGGGACAAACAGCAUGGGAGCAGGUACGUGUGGCCGCCGGCUGACCAGCAGGACACGGGCUCUGUGGGUGAAUUGGGUCCCCCUUCCCCAUGCAUCCCGGGGAGCACACAGUGGGGAGAGGGGUCCCGCCGCACAAGGAGCCGUCGCCUGGCGGGUUUGCCUGAUGGACGUGACCCUGAGUCCCUGGGUCAGGGGAAGAGAGCAGACUGAGGCCUGGAUGGAGGUGGGGGCAGAUGUCAGGGUCUUGCCGUUGCGGCUCGUGUCCCAUAGGUGCCAGCCAGCCUGGGCACUUUGGGGGGCCCUUUCCUUGCUGCCAGGGAACUCUUCAUUUGCUCUUACACAGAGCCAGCCCAGAGCCUGAUGCCAGCCAGAUGCUCUUCUGGGGGCGCACGGGGAGUGAGUGGGGCUUCUUUCCCCCCAGCCUUUGCUGGUACCCAGUGCCCAGCCAGCCUUCCCUCUGGUGUGGGCCUGCUGGGCUCCUGUUCUGCCCUGCUGGGAAGAGGAAGUGGGCCCAGGAGCCCAGAGCACACCCGAGGGCCCACCCCCUCUCAUCCCGGGUCCAGAGUCAGGGCGCUGCCGGGCCCCCUGGCCUUUCUGGCCUCCUCGCCCCCAUGGGGUCUCCCCGGAGAGCGUACCUCCCUCCCAAGACCAGCAGGACCAGGAAGCUCCUUCCUGCUCAUGGCAGCUCCCAGCCCUGGUGUCUGGGAGCCCAGCCCUCCCCUUGCCCUUUUCCCCCUCCUCCUUUCCUCUGCCUUCCUCUCCCCUCCCCUAAGGGACUGCCAGGGCCCACCCGGUUCCUUGCUACCCUGUGGGAGUGCAGACGCCCAGCCCCAGCCCCAUGGGCCCUCGGGCUGACCCUCCACCUCCAGCCCAGCACCAAUGGGCCGGCAUGAGCCGGCAUCUGCUGUCAUCUAGUUUUGUGGAGGCCGGGGUCAAGCCGGGCCCAUAGAGGGGACCCGUGUUGACAGUGGUGGGGACACAGCACAGGGGGUGCCUCAGUCGGGGGGCAGUGGGCGGCGCCUUUGUGGGACAUAGGUGGCCCCUGGCUGUCAUCGCAGUCCAGGUGAGAGGCCUCAAAGAGCUUCAUGCGCACAGCCCCGCUUCUGCAAAGCGCCUCCUGCCUGUGGAGGUAGCACUUCACAGGGUCUGGGGGUCAGGGUGGGAUGACUUUGGGGCUCCUUAUGGGUCAGAGGGGCGGAGUGAGUGGACCGUCCUGACAGCCACCCAGCUGGGCCUCUCAUCCUUCCCAUGGGGGCCAGAGGGGAGGGGAGGGGCAGUGAGGGGCUCAUAGGCCACUCGGGAGCCUGGUCCCCCUGCCCAGCCGCUCUGGGCCGGCGUGAGACUGCUUGCUCUCGGUCCCUGGCCUCACCAUGGACGGUCCCCUUGGAAACCAGAGCCCCACCCCCGAUCCUGACCCUAGGAGGGGACAUCCCACAUUCACAGCCUCCUGACACCCCACCUCCCUUCCUCUUUGGACUUUGGGGCCCCCGGACACCCACAGUUGCUCCCUUGGGUGGUCCAGCAUUGGGGGAUGAGCAGGCAUACUGCUGAGCCCCCAGCAGAGCCAUCCUGAGACACAGAGGCUGUCCCUGGUGGGCUGGGCUCCCAGCUCUGCUCCAGAAGCACCCCAGGCCCCUCCUCGAGGCCGGCUGCAAGGCUGUAGGAGGGCCUCGAGGCUGGGGCUGGGAGGAUGCCUGAAAUGGUUCCUCUCUGGGAAGGGCCCCAGUGCUGGAACCAGGGACUGCCCCCCACCUCGGGGACCCAGUCCCUCAGUCCCCCUGCAGGGAGGGUGGAUGACAGUUUUAAAUUGGACGCGGGACUGGCGUUAAACCUGGUUGUGUUUUUCUUAAAGGAAAGUUGCUCCAGGGAGGAGGUGGGGCGGAGGGGAAGGGAUAAAGGCAGGGGGCUGGACAGCCCUGUGCCGGGUGCUUCCCAGCCUCCCUUGCAGCCCGCUGUCCAAGAUGCGUUUGCACGAGACUUGGGUCCUGGACUAAGUUCCCUGGGGAGGACGCACUGCAGACUGUGGAGGAGAUGGAAUGUUCUGGACUCGUGGCAGCUCCCCCCCACCCCAUGGCAGGAGCCUGGGGCAGUUUCUGGAGUCGCCUUUCCUGGAGGCUUGGCCCCAAACCCCAUUCUACUGUCCUCCCCACCUACCGACUGCAAA